AUGAAAAUUCUAAUUAUAAAUCCAAAUAGUUCAGUGAAGGUCACCAACAAUUUGAAAGAUAUACUAAAAGUUCCAAAAGGUGUUGAAUUAUCGUUUUAUACUGCUCCUUCCAGUGCACCAAAAGAAAUUACAGGCAAUGAGACAUCAAAAUUGUCUGAAGAAAUAGUUUUGAACGACAUUAAGGAGAGUGACAUACUGAAGGAUUAUGAUGGAUUUAUGGUUUGUUGCUACUCAGAUCAUCCAUUGAUCAAAUCAUUGAGUGAAUUAAGUAAAAAACCUGUCAUGGGAAUUAUGCAAGCUACAUUACUAUAUACUUUACUGAACCCUAAUGUCAAAAAGCUGUUCAUUUUAACAAGUACAAAAGAAUGGGAACCAAUACUAGAUAGUGGUAUAGUCGAUUUCUUUGGUUUAAAAGAAUUCCCUAAAGAUAGAUUUCAAAAAACUAUUGGAUUAGAUAUUAAUGUAACAAAUUUAGCGGAUGAAAAACAAUAUGGUGAGAUUAAAACUAAACUCAAUUACAUUUUGAAUGAUUUGUAUUCAAAUGAUCAUAUAAAUUGUGUUUUAUUAGGUUGUGCAGGAAUGGCAGGUUUAGACUCAAAGUUAUCAAUUGACUUUCCAGGCAUUUAUUUCAUUGACAGUUGCAAAAUUGCUACUGAAUUCUUGACCGGUUUGAUAAGGUUCAAUGAACAAAUAUGA